AUGCCGAGAAAAACGUUUUGUGACAUUUGCAAUCGUUCUUUCACAAAGAAAAGCAGCUUAGAGGCGCACAUGGAAAUUCAUUUGAGCGAUCUCAUCAAAGAUUAUCCAGACAGUCAAAAAUGCAAACACUGCCCGAGAUUCAUCUUAAAAGAAAACAUGCGAAAACACUGUUUAGAGCAUCACAAAAUGCGAAAAUGUGAAGAACAUUCGUGUGUCGUUUGUAAAGUUGGAUUUCAAACUGCAACGACACUACGAGAUCAUCUAGCAAUCAAACAUUUGGGACAAGAACCUCACAAAUGCAAAAUUUGUGGAAUAAGCGUUUUUAGUAAAAGUUCCUUGAAUGAACACAUUAAAGCGGUGCAUGAGAAAGUUAUUGCCGCUACAUGUAAAAAAUGUGGAAAAACGUUUGGAUACAGAGCUGGGUACAAUGCUCAUUUGAAAACGCACGAAAAGAAGCCAUUUAGUUGCACUGUCGACAAAUGUCCUCAAAGACACAUCGAAUCAAUUCAUUUAAACAAUGUCCAUCGAACAAAAUGCGAUUUUUGUCACAAAAUGGUAGUGACUCAUCAUUUAAAGGAACACAUUCAGCAUGUGCACGAAAAAAUCUUUAAUUUCAAGUGUGACAUUUGCCAAAAAGGAUUUCGGACAACAACAAAACUGCGAGAACACCUCAUGGUGAAGCAUUUAGAACAGAAGCUUUAUGUCAGUUGUUCAAGUUGUCAGUUGACAUUCUCAAAUAAAGCCUCUCAGUUUGCUGUUCGCAAGUAUGGACCAAGAGAUAUUCCUUAG